CGUAAGUUUUCGGCAGUUUCCGGGAAAACUCGGGAACUCCCGCGCCUGGCUGGCUCGAGAGAUUGCCCGGUGCGGAGGAGCAGGGUGUCGGGCUAGUCAUGGCGUCCCCAUCUCGGAGGCUGCAGACUAAACCAGUCAUUACUUGUUUAAAAAGCGUUCUCUUGAUCUACACUUUCAUCUUUUGGAUCACUGGUGUUAUCCUUCUUGCCGUUGGCAUAUGGGGCAAGGUGAGCCUGGAAAAUUAUUUUUCCCUCUUAAAUGAGAAGGCCACCAAUGUCCCUUUUGUGCUCAUUGGCACGGGCACUGUCAUUAUUCUCUUGGGCACCUUUGGUUGUUUUGCUACCUGUCGGGCCUCUGCAUGGAUGCUGAAACUGUACGCGAUGUUUCUGACCCUCAUUUUUUUGGUCGAACUAGUUGCCGCCAUUGUAGGAUUUGUGUUCAGACAUGAGAUCAAGAACAGCUUUAAAAGUAAUUAUGUAAACGCUCUGAAGGAGUACAACUCCACAAGGGAUUAUAGGAGCGAAGCCGUAGACAAGAUCCAAAGUACGUUGCAUUGUUGUGGUGUCACCGACUCUGGAGACUGGGAAGAUACUAAUUAUUACUCAGAAACAGGAUUUCCCAAGAGCUGCUGUAAGCUGGAAGGUUGUACUCCACAGAGAGACAAAGAUAAAGUCAACAAAGAAGGUUGUUUCAUAAAGGUCAUGACAAUUAUAGAAUCAGAAAUGGGAGUCGUUGCUGGAAUUUCUUUUGGAGUUGCUUGCUUUCAGCUAAUUGGAAUCUUUCUCGCCUACUGCCUCUCUCGUGCCAUAACAAAUAAUCAGUAUGAAAUAGUAUAAGCAGUAUACAUGCGGGCUUAUUCCUCUCCAACUUUAAGGUUACCCUUGCGAGUUUUAAUGUCGCCUGGAUGGAGACUGACAUCUUACUAGCCUGGAGAACUAUACCAGGAGACUGAUUCGAUCAAGACAUUUGUGUAUUGUGUCUAUGUCCACUUUCUGUCCUAUUCUUACAUGCCUGGAUCUGAACACUGGAAGAGCUAGUAAAUUGUAACUGAAAUAAUG